UCGCAGGUACAGCGUCACCAAUCAUCUGAAACCACACAACACAUUUGCUACAAGUAAAUUAAUUAACUUGCGAUGCCUUUAAAUUCUUCAAGCAUUGUAAACCAUUUGCCAUUUAUCCAAACAACAAGACGGCUGUUUACUUUCCAGUCGCACCAUGUAAAUUUUCACACGUUUUCUUUGUUAUUCAGUGGCCAACACAUCCCAGGAAGCAACCAGUACAAAAGCAAACCACCCCACAUCGUUUCUUCGUCCAAGUUUGAUAUUAACUAUAGUCUUGCUUCUUCAAUAAUGGAGGAGGAGCAGGAGAAAAGUCUCUGUCUUGAUAAGUCUUUAGAGGGUAAAUACUCUAAAGAAUUGGAUGUUGCUGUAAGAGCUGUGCAAAUGGCUUGUUUUCUUUGUCAAAAACUGCAGGAAAAUUUUAUCUCUAAGAGUAAUAUUCAGGUCCAAUCUAAGGAUGAUAAUUCUCCUGUCACUCUUGCUGAUUGGAGUGUUCAAGCAACUGUUAGCUGGCUACUUUCUGAGUCAUUUGGGAGUAAAAAUGUGUCGAUCGUUGCUGAAGAAGAUGUCCAUAGUCUUUCCAAUGCUGAGGCAGCUGGCCUAUUGGAAGCAGUAGUGAAAAUCGUAAAUAACUGUCUAGCUGAAGCACCACGAUUUGGGCUCCAAGGUCCAGUGAUUCCCCUUGGGACCUCGGAGGUUCUUGAAGCGAUCAGUCGAUGCCACUCAAAUGGAGGCCCUGAAGGAAGAUUUUGGGCACUUGAUCCGGUUGAUGGAACAUUGGGGUUUGUACGGGGAGAUCAAUAUGCUGUUGCUUUAGCAUUGAUAGAAAAUGGUGAACCUGUCCUUGGAGUUCUUGGGUGCCCUAACUACCCAAUGAGAAAAGAAUGGCUGAGUUAUCAUCAUCGCUAUCACAGAAUCAUAUCGAAAUUGACCCCACCUACAUCUGAAUCUUGGGACAAAGGUUGUGUGAUGUAUGCGAAAAAAGGUAGUGGAGAGGCCUGGAUUCAGCCUUUGAUCCAAGGAAAUAAGAAGCUGGUGUGGCCAAACUCUGCAAGGCCAGUUAAAGUUUCCUCCAUUGAGAAUCCGGCAUUGGCAACUUUCUGUGAACCAGUUGAGAAGUCAAAUUCAAGCCACUCCUUCACAGCAGGACUAGCUCACAGUGUUGGCCUUAGGAAGCAACCAUUACGUGUAUACAGCAUGGUGAAGUAUGCAGCGAUAGCUCGCGGGGAUGCCGAAGUAUUUAUGAAGUUUGCUAAGUCUGGAUAUAAGGAGAAGAUAUGGGAUCAUGCAGCCGGUGUUGUUAUCAUCGAAGAAGCUGGAGGUGUGGUGACUGAUGCCGGAGGACGUCAACUGGACUUCUCUAGGGGCAUAUACAUAGAAAGGCUUGAUCGAGGUAUAAUCGCAUGCGCUGGAGCCAAACUUCAUGAAAAAAUCAUCAGGGCUGUUGAUGCUAGUUGGGGUUCCUCUAGUCUAUAAACUUAUGCUUCAUGUCAAUAAGAAACAAACCAAAUUUGCUUCUUAAUGAAUUUUUAUUUUGUGUGUUUCUGUAUGUAUGUGUGUAUAUAGGCUUGCAGAAAUCAGCCUGCUUUGACAUAGGUACAUAUCCAAGGCUGAGAAAUGGGAUUGUGUCUAUUUGUGUAGCAGCAGCUCUUCUUAGAGCCUUAGAAUGAUAGAUUGUUUAAACGAUAGGGAUAAGUUUGGCUACUCAAUGUAUCAAAAAUCUUCCAGAACCAUGAAUGUGAAAAGAAGGAAUAAGGAUGUAGCAUUUAAGAUGAUAAA